AUGAGAGAAGAAUUAAUGCAUAUCCAAAGAAUUUUAGAUUUUAAUAUAAUGGACAAAGUGAUGUGCUUAAUGCCAUUUACACUUGAACAACUGGAAGGUAAACUUUCAUCAGAAAUGGCGAAAGUAAGAACCAUAGUGGAAAACCUCGAAUUUGUUAUCGAUGGUACAGUGGAACAUAUCAAAAUUGAUAGUGCCAAACGAAACAGACAAUUGGUGGUCUUUAAAGUGCCAAUUAACUGUCGUAGUUUAGCAAAAAGCUUAUUCCAACAAUUAUUUUUACAUAAAGAAGGUGUUAUAGUACAACAAUACGCGCCUAGUAUUGAGAAGGCUCAGCUUGGGAGAACCAGCCUAACUGAAGAAAAUAAUCAUCAACUUUUAACGGAGUAUGUUUGUUAUUUCAUAGUUGACCUCUUUUCGGGACAAGUACCAAAAAGAAGAAUCAAAACCAAUAAUACAAAGAAUGAGCCAUCCGCAUAUGAACAAUGUACAUCAAGAGUUUUAUCUAAUUACAAAUACUGUGAAUACUGCAGAUGUAUGACACAUACUAAGUAUCAUUGUCCUAUGAUAAAACCAUGCACCAAUUGUGGUGUAAAAGGGCAUAAAACAACGAGCUGUAAAAAAGCUCAGUUGACCACAAAGGUGGUCAUAGGAAAACCUGAUAACAAACAAUAUUUUCCGGCUUUACCGCCUAAAAUGGUUAACAAAACUAUGAAAGAUGCUUCUCCGAGAAAGGGAAGUAUAACAAAAACUACUUUUUCUACAAAAGGAGAUAAUACAGAAAAGGUGAUUACUCCAACUGCUCAAAAUGACAGUCCUACAUUACAAGAAUCACCACCUGUGACAAUUACGGGUCGCAGGGAGGUUACAACAAAACCUCCUACUGCUACUACGGCACCAAGGAAAACCAUGACUACCGGUGUCCUGGAAAUGGAUACCAGUAAACAUAACAUUUCCUCGAACCACGAAGCGUCAUCGAGGAAAAAAGUAAAUUUGCUGGAACAGCCCAGCAGUCCUGCGAAGGACCCAGGGCUGAACCUCUCCCCACAACUUCAGUAG